AUUGCUUCCCAAGAGAAGUCUGCUGCUGACACUUCAUCAUCACAAGUCGGGGACGCCACUCAGCACAGGAGGCAAGCUCUUGACUGUGAUCGUGUGUUUGCCAACAUGGCCCCCAAAAAGAAGACUGUCAGAAAGAACAAAGGAGAAAUCAAUGAGAUGACCAUAAUUGUGGAAGACAGCCCCCUAAGCAAACUAAAUGCUUUGAAUGGGAUCCUAGAGGGAGGCAAUGGCCUUAGCUGCAUUUCUUCUGAAUUAACAGAUGCUUCUUAUGGCCCCAACCUCCUGGAAGGUUUAAGCAAAAUGCGCCAAGAGAGCUUCCUUUGCGACUUAGUCAUUGGCACCAAAACCAAAUCCUUUGAUGUUCACAAGUCAGUGAUGGCUUCAUGCAGUGAGUACUUUUACAACAUCCUAAAAAAAGACCCAUCUACUCAACGGGUAGAUCUCAAUGAUAUCUCACCGCUGGGCCUGGCCACUGUCAUUGCAUAUGCCUACACCGGAAAGCUGACUCUCUCCUUGUACACAAUAGGAAGCAUUAUUUCUGCUGCUGUUUAUCUUCAGAUCCACACCCUUGUAAAGAUGUGCAGUGAUUUUCUGAUGCGAGAGAUGAAUGUGGAGAAUUGCAUGUACAUUGCUAACAUUGCUGAGACGUACUCUCUGAAAACUGCAAAAGCCGCAGCCCAAAAAUUUAUCCGGGAUAACUUCCUUGAAUUUGCAGAGUCAGAUCAGUUUAUGAAACUUACAUUUGAGCAAAUUAACGAACUUCUUAUAGAUGACGACUUACAGUUGCCUUCUGAAAUAGUAGCAUUCCAGACUGCUAUAAAAUGGUUAGAAUUUGACCAAAAGAGAAUGAAAUAUGCUGCAGAUCUUUUGAGCAAUAUUCGCUUUGGUACCAUCUCUGCACAAGACCUGGUCAAUUAUGUUCAGUCUGUACCAAGAAUGAUGCAAGAUGCUGAUUGUCACAGACUUCUGGUGGAUGCUAUGAAUUACCACUUACUUCCGUAUCAUCAAAACACAUUGCAGUCUAGGCGCACGAGGAUCCGCGGGGGCUGUCGCGUCCUCAUCACUGUUGGGGGACGCCCAAGCCUUCCUGAGAAGUCCCUUAGUAGAGACGUCUUGUAUAGAGACCCUGAAAAUGGAUGGAGCAAGCUCACAGAGAUGCCCGCCAAGAGUUUUAAUCAGUGCGUGGCUGUGAUGGAUGGAUUUCUCUAUGUGGCUGGUGGUGAAGACCAGAAUGAUGCCAGAAAUCAAGCCAAACAUGCAGUCAGCAAUUUCUGCAGAUACGAUCCCCGCUUCAACUCCUGGAUCCACCUGGCCAGCAUGACCCAGAAGCGCACGCACUUCAGCCUGAGCGUGUUCAACGGGCUCCUUUACGCCGUGGGCGGCCGCAACAUAGAGGGCAGCCUGGCCUCCAUGGAGUGCUACGUGCCCUCCACCAACCAGUGGCAGCCGAAGGCGCCCCUGGAGGUGGCGCGCUGCUGCCACGCCAGCGCGGUGGCCGACGGCCGGGUGCUGGUGACCGGCGGCUACAUCGGCAACGCGUACUCGCGCUCCGCGUGCGCCUACGACCCGGCCGGCGACUCGUGGCAGGAGCUGCCGAGCAUGAGCACUUACUCCGCGCUGCUCGGCCGCGCCUACCUGGUGGGCGGCUGGAACGAGGGCCAGAAGAAGUACAAGAAGUGCAUCCAGUGCUUCCACCCCGAGCUCAACGAGUGGACGGAGGACGACGCCACCGUGGGCGUGUCCUGCUGCACCCUCUCGAUGCCCAACCACGUGACCCGGGAAUCCCGAGCCAGCUCGGUGUCCUCCGUGCCAGUCAGUAUCUGACGCCAGGAAGAUGCGGAGGCGCGGCAAGAACAACUCUUUAUUCGUGGUUAACCUUUGAGUUAGCGCAAAGGAAAAUAUGUAACAUUUACUGCAACGAUCGUAUUUUAAGAUAUAUCGAGGCAUACGUCUUGAUGGUUUUAAUUCCUGGUAUGACAUGAUCUACCUCCUUUUUUUUUUCUUUAAAGCAAAAUUCUGGGCCAUUGCCAACAAAGAAAAAUAGAAUUUACUCCAGCGGCCACUGGGGGGCAGACAGAGUCGUUGUAGGCACUCUUCCCCGUGGCAUGUUUCCCAAACGUAUAGCGG